GUCCAAAAAGCAUCAUUAAAGUGUGGUUCUAAUACUAUGUUGUACAAUAUUGUUUAUUAACCAGUUUAUGAAUUGCAUUAUGUUUUACAGAAUUGAUUUGUUUUUUAUUUUUCUCUGUCUCUGUGCUGUAUUAUGGUCUGUCUCCCCCUCAGGUCUCAGUGAAGCAUGAGUUCAUCACUGGGUCCCAGAGGCAACAUGACUGUCCCUUAUCAGCUGGUCAGAGACACUUUCACGAUGGCGUUUGUGAAGAACCUGAUCGUGGUUCUGGUCUGGCUCAUCCUCAGUUACAUCAACGGCACCUUGGUCGCAACGUUUUUCAAACACCAGGCCUUUUAUGAAGACCCCCGCUACAUCCUGUUCAUCCACAUGGUGAUCAAUGAUGCCAUCCAGCUGACGGUCACCAUCACGCUCUUUGUGCUCAGCUACAUCUUCUAUAAGAUUAACGUCUCCUUCUGCUGCUUCUUCAUCUUGGUGGCGGUUUUCACCACCAGAAACACGCCGGUCAACUUAGCCAGUAUGGCCAUAGAGCGCUACAUUGCCAUCUGCAAGCCUCUACGACACAACCAGAUCUGCACAGUGAGGAGGACUCACAUGGUCAUUGGGCUGAUUUGGUUCAUCAGUGUGGCUCCAGAUAUUACGGAUCUCUUUGUGACACUGGCCACUGAGUCCUUGAGCUUCUUUCAUGAGUCGGUGUUCUGCUUGCGGCCCAACGUGUUCAAAGAUCCAAUCUUGGCGUACAAAAGACAAGUUUUUGACAUCCUCUACUUCUCCUCUGUGUUUCUGGUCCUGGUCUUCACCUACUUGAAGAUCCUGUUUGCAGCCAGGGCCCUCUCUACGGAGAAGAUGUCAGCCCAGAAGGCGAGGAACACCAUCCUCCUCCACGGGGCCCAGCUGGCCAUGUGCAUGCUCUCCUACAUCUCCCCCAGCGUGGAGAUCAUGCUGCAUUUCAUCUUUCCUGGCCGAAUCCUUCAAAUCAGAUAUGCAAACUAUUUGAUUGUCUACAUCCUGCCCAGGUUUCUGAGUCCAAUCAUCUACGGUGUGAGAGACAAGAAGUUCAGGAGGCAUCUCCAGAUGCACCUUUUGAGCUACAGAUGCAGGAACAUCGUGAAGAAAGUGGCCAGCACCAAUGACUUGUAACAGCAAGAGCAUUUAAAUAGGUCUUCAGACUUUAAUGAAAAAGAUCUUUUAAUAUUUAGAGCUUAUUUUGCAAAGACAAUAAAAAUAUUUAUCUAAAAUAUAACAAAGUGUAUAAAAACGACAGCUUGGCAACUGCAAGAAAAACAUUAUUUGGGUAUUUUCUAUGUAUUUUUUCUAAGAUAAAUGUCUGUAAAAUUAAAUUUGAGUUGAAAGGGCAAAAACCCCCAAACAUUUCCUGACAGAGAAACCAGAGAAAAGAGUCGAACAGACAAGAGAAACUAAACUUUGCUCCACAAACUCAGUCCACAGUGAAAGAAUAUGUGGUAGAUAACACACCAGCUGAUCUCUGAGGAGAGCUGCUUGAAGCUGCAGAACCUUCAUCCCAGAAGAGGCAGAAAAACACCACCCUGUGGCACAACACACUGCAGCUACAGGAUUAUUCACUGAUAAGUUCACUCACAUCUACCAAAAUAUAUAAUAUCUGGCCUAGAAACAGUCUGGGAUUCACGUUACCAUACAAAAAACAUACCAGAAUAAUGUGCAUGUAAAUGUAAGUAACUGUGGGUCAUCAGCUUCAGCUGUUACGUUUGUCUCAGUUUAUUUUUUUUUUCAGUUUAUUUUCUGACUCUGCACAGUGGUUCAGUGGUUAGCACUGUUGCCUUGCAGUUAGAAGAUCCUUGGUUUGCAUCCCAGUCUUCCUGGGAUCUUCCUGCAUGGAGUCUCCAUGUUCUCCUGUACAUGUGUGGGUUUUCUCCAGGUUCUCCAGCUUCCUCCCACAGUCCACAAACAUGCUGAGAUUAAUUGGUGACUCUAAAUCAUCUGUAAUUCUCUUUCCCACUGACCAUGUGUCUUACAGGUACUCAGAUAACUAUGAGGCUGGUCCCAGACUUGGUCGUAUUUAUAAUGUGAUGUUUCUACAUUUCCUGCAAAUACCUGACAAAUGUCAAAUACUGGUAUCCUGGUUCAUGGUUACUGCAAACAAAAGAAAAAGUAAAAAAUGACUGUAAAAAAAGACAAAAAAUCCUGAAUAAUCAUCAGUAAAUCAUGUUUAUGUUGUUGCUUUUCAUUGUUAAAUGAAAGUAUUUGCAUGUGUAAGAACCAUAUGAGGGCUAGAAAAGUCCUUGAAUAAUCCUAGUGGAUAUUAUACACCAGUGACAACAGGUUUCCUCUAACAUUUCUGCUGUGUUAGUCAUCUCCCAAAUCUAUGUAAAACCUCAGAACCAAUGCUUCUUUUUCUGUUAAUUAUAAGAAAUUGUGUGUAAUUUUCGAAAUAUAAUUAGAUCAUUAUACUUGAGUUUAACA